AAAGAAAAUCGAGAGAAAGCUAGAAUGGAUAUUGAAGAGCUACCCUCAGUUUGUGUUCUUGAUGCCUCAACCUAUGUGGGUUCUUGGAUCCUCAAGGGGCUGUUGAGUAGAGGAUACACGGUUCAUGCAGCCAUACAAAAGAACAACGGAGAGACUGAGAUAGAGAAGGAAAUAAGGGGCUUGGGGAGAGAGGAGGAAAGAUUGGUGGUAUUUGAAGUCGAUGUCUUGGAUUACCAUAGCAUUCUAAUUGCUUUGAAGGGUUGUUCUGCUAUGUUCUGCUGCUUGGACAGUAGAGACGGCUACGAUGAAAAAAUGGUUGAUUCGGAAAUUAGAGGAGCAAUCAAUGUAGCGGAGGCUUGCGCACAGACCGAUACCAUUGAAAAGAUUAUAUUCAGUUCUUCACUAACUGCAGCGAUAUGGAAAGAGAGCAUUUGUUCAGAGAAGGAUGUAGACGAGAGGUCUUGGAGUGAUCAAGAAUUUUGCAGGAAAUUGAAGUUAUGGCAUGCCCUGGCAAAGACUCUCUCUGAACAGGCUGCUUGGGCUUUAGCCAUGGACCGUAUGCUUAACAUGGUUUCCAUUAAUGCCGGCCUAGUUCUGGGUCCUGGUGUCUCUCAGCAGAACCCUUUAUCAACCAUGUCAUACCUCAGAGGGGCAGCUCAAAUGUAUGAAAAUGGGGUGCUGGCCUAUGUAGAUGUGAACUUCCUGGCUGAUGUCCAUAUUCGAGCUUUCCAGGAUCGGUCCACAUGUGGCCGAUACUUCUGCUUCAAUCAGACGGUUACUACCGAGGAAGAAGCUGUCAAGCUUGCACAAAGCCUGAACCCUUUAAUAUCAUUACCGCCAAGGUAUGAAUACCAAGGUAAUGAAGUGCACGCUGAGAGGCUUAGAACAAAGAAGUUGAACAAGCUGGUCGAGGGUGCUGCAUAGACUUGUUCAUGGGCAAGGCAAGGUCGAGUUCAGGUCGGGCCUGCAUCAUCCUGGUUUAUUUUUGCCUGCCUUUGUAAAAAGUAAAGUUUUCCGCCAGCUUUGUGAUAAUGGAGCGUGUACAUCUUCUAGUUAUUUGACUGGAAUCAUGUAGGAAGUGUAUUUGAUGGUUGAUCAGCUUGAAAAAAAAUCACAAUCUAGAUAUGAAAUUGAUGGCUAGUUGCAACA